AUGCAAGUGAGAAGUGGGAUGAAAAGAGCGUUACAGGACAUUGAGCUUCCAUCAGCUAAAAGAGGUGGAAAGAGCUCAAUUGAUAAAUAUAAUGUGCUUUCCGACAGAUCAAAUAUUAUGCUUCAGUCUCCACCGGUGACUCCAGACAAAGAGAGGGUAGUUGACAUAUCUCAAGACUUGAAGGCCAGCAAUGAUGGUGUUAAAAAGCUCACUUUCUUGACGCCACCAAGUACACCUACCAAAGGAAAAGGAACAUCUGUGUACUCGAAGGCAAAGGCAUUAUUUCAGAGAAGUGCUAAUAAUGACGGGAUCAAUACCACGCACUUAACUACAAGAGAUGAGGAAGCAGAGCUUUUGAACAGAUUUCUCGUAGAUAACAUUAACAACAAUACUUCCGAUAGUUUAUACAUAUCAGGACCUCCUGGGACCGGCAAAACGGCGCAAAUAGAAAUAUCGUUGAACCAUGUGAUGAAGGAGAUUGGAAAAGCCGUGAAUGUUAACGUCUCACAGGUGGGUCUGUAUAGAACUAGAUUGGUGAAGAUGAACUGCAUGUCCAUUUCGAAACCAGAAAACGUAUUCCACGAGAUAUUCUGUGCUAUGGAAUCGCGUGAAGGACAACCUAAGAAGUCGUACAAUAAAAAGAAAACUGCUGACGAUGUAUUCCUGUUGCUUACAACUGAAUGUGAUAUCGACACCACAAUCUUGUUGCUUGAUGAGAUGGAUUACUUAAUUACCAAAGAUCAACAAGUACUAUUCCAAUUAUUUAAUUUUGCAUCGAAGCAGAAAUCUCAUAUCUUGACAAACAAGUUGGUACUUAUUGGUAUUUCGAAUGCGUUGGAUCUUACCGACAAGUUUUUGCCAAGAUUGAAACGAAACUGUUUAAACCCCCAAUCAUUACAAUUCAUGCCUUACACUUCAGACCAAAUCAAAACCAUCAUCAUAACCAAAUUGAAGUCUCUAGUCUAUGACGAAUCAACCAAAGAAAAUCAACAUCCUAUGUCCUCGAUCCCCAUUAUACACCCAGCUGCCAUACAGCUCUGUUGUAAGAAAUCUGCAUCAGUUACAGGUGACCUUCGUAAAGCGUUCGAUAUAUGCUACAAAAGUAUAGAAAUGGUCGAGCACAACGUCAGAGAAGCGAACCCAUCUGCAACACAUACCUUCCAAACCGCUCCAAAAGUCUUAAUUUCCCACAUUGCAAAGAUAUGUGAAAACUCAUACAAGGACAACUCGUUGACCAAGUUGCAUAACCUUAACCUAUUACAGAAGGCAGUAUUAUGCUGUUUAUUCAACCACCUGAUAAAUCUCGCCUUCCCUUCGACCGCCAAAAAAGACCUCACGGUCAAUUCCUUUUACGACUUCUACGUGAAGCAUUCUCUUGAUAACGUCGAUAAAUUAUUAGGGAGAUUAAAAAAAGGCGAGUUCUUGGAAAUUAUAGGCGCCUUAGAAGCUGGCUCGGUCAUCAAUUUAUCCGAAACAAAAUCCAUGAAGUCAGGUAUGGAGAUAGGUAACAAGUUUAUCAAAUCCAACGUACCUUACGAUGAUUUACUAAAAUCUAUAGGUGACAUUGGUGUUUUGAAGAAGGUGUUGCAUGGUAACAAUUAA